GUGUGUGUCUGCAUGUGGGCAUGUGUUUAUGAAUGCUGUUUGCAAAUUAUUUCUUUUACCACUUAUGAAUAAAGAAAUUCUGUGCACAAAUAUUAAAGGAAAAAGAAAACCUGAGGUGAGUCACAAGCGAUUUUGAACACUAGCCACAACUCUCUUCCAGGCUUGACAAAGGGUGCCCUAGCACUGGAGUCGAGAAUAGUUGUGACCUGCCUGGCAUGGGUGCUGAGAACAAAACAGGGCCUCCUCACUGCUGAUUCAUCACUCCAGCCCUCUCAGUCAUCUUCAUAUUGUUUCUCUAUGCUUGCCAUAGGCUUCCUGUCUUAUCAAAAUUUACUUCAUAUCUGUACCAAGGUGUCUGAAGAACAUCAGAAUCAGAGGAAGAGCAGGCAGAGACAGACGGUAGUGGAAAUCUACCUUUCAGUGGUGGGCAAAAGCAGUCAAGAAACCCCAGUGGACAUGGCAUCAGAAGUUCCCGUGUGUCUCAUUGAGAAUGCGAAAGGACAACUGAGGCCGAAUCAGAAGGCCCUGGAGAUCCUGUCGGCCAUCACACAGCCUGUGGUGGUGGUGGCCAUUGCAGGUCUCUACCGCACUGGGAAAUCCUACCCGAUGAACAAACUGGCUGGGAAGAACACAGGCUUCUCUCUGGACUCCACGAUACAGUCUCACACCAAGGGGAUCUGGAUGUGGUGUAUGUCUCAUCCCCAGAAGCCAAACCACACCUUAGUUCUGCUUGACACAGAAGGACUGGGAGAUGUGGAGAAAGGUGACAACCAGAAUGACUGCUGGAUCUUUGCUUUGGCAAUACUUCUAAGCAGCACCUUUGUGUACAACAGCGUGGGACCCAUCAACCAGCAGGCCAUGGACCAGCUGCACUAUGUGACAGAGUUGACAGAUCAGAUCAGAGCAAAGGCCUCACCUAACCAGCAGGAUGAAGUGGAAGACUCAGCUGAGUUUAUUAGCUUCUUCCCUGACUUCGUGUGGGUUCUUAGGGAUAUAACCCUAAGACUUGAAGCAGAUGGACAGAGCCUCACAGCAGAUGAGUACCUGCAGAAUUCCCUGAAGCUCAAGCAAGAAAUCAGCGAAGAAGAUAAAAAUUACAACCUGCCCCGGUUUUGUAUUCGAAAGUUCUUCCCCAGGAAGAAAUGCUUUGUUUUCUAUCCACCGACUGACUGGAGGAAGCUUUCUGAGCUUGAGAGCCUAAACAAUGAUGAGCUGGAUGCUGACUUCAUGCAGCAGGUGGCAGAGUUCUGCUCCUUCAUCUUCAGCUCUUCCAAGGCUAAAGCUCUCCCGGGAGGUGCUGAGGUCAAUGGAGCUCAACUGGGGAUUCUAGUGCAGUCCUACAUAGAUUCCAUCAACAGUGGGACUCUGCCUUGUUUGGAGAAUGCAGUGAUGAUCAUGGUUGAGCAUAAAAACCAAGAAGCUGUCCAGAAGGCAGCUGAGUGCUACAAUGUGCAGAUAGCCCAGAAACUCAGGCUCCCUACAGACACACUCCAGGAGCUGCUGGAUGUGCACACAGCCUGUGAGAAGGAAGCCAUUGCUGUCUUCAUGAAGUACUCCUUCAAGGAUGACAAGCGGGAGUUCCAGAAGAAACUUGUGGCCACCAUAGAAGAAUAUAAGGAAGAUUUCAUGCAACAGAAUGAAGCAGCAUCUUGCAGUUAUUGCCUGGAUACACUGGAGAAGCUUUCAGAGUCCCUGAGGGAGAGCAUCUCAUGUGGAGAUUUCUCUGUUCCUGAUGGGCACAGACUCUACUUAGAGGCCAGAAAGAAAGUUGAACAGGACUAUGAGCGAGUUCCCAGGAAGGGAGUGAAGGCAACUGAGGUGUUCCAGGACUUUCUGAAGUCACAGAUAACUAUAGAAGAUUCCAUCUUGCAGUCAGAUAAAACCCUCACUGAUAGAGAGGGAGCCAUGGCAGCUGGGCAGACCAAAAAGGAGGUGGAUGAGAAGGAACUGGAGCUAAAGAAGCAGCAACAGAAAAAUGAAAAGCAAGUGACAGAGGCUCAAAUGAAAACUUUGUUAGAAAACAUGGCCCAGCUGCAGAAGAAGUUGGAGAGGGAUGUGGAGAACCUUCGGAGAGAGAAGAAUCACGAACUGAAGGUACUAAAAGAACUACUUCACGAAGACAUUGGGAAGCAAUAUUAUUACUUAAGAAGGGAAAAAGAGCAAAGAGAAAAAGAGAUUGAUAUCUGUGACGAGAUUAUUAAAUUUGGUCUUUCUGUACUGCAUGACACACUGGUGAAUGUAUUUACUUCAACUUUUAACAGCUGAAAAAAGCAACGGAAGGCAUAGUGACUCAUGUUUUUAGUGUGUAUGUCAAUAUAUCCAUUCAAGGGCAGUUUUAAGUUAAGGGUUAUCAAAGAAUGUCAGAUACUGACAGCUAAGGAAGCCUGUCUAAGUAAUCUCUUCAUAAAAAAGCUAACUAUACAGUAAGAGAUGUUCAUAAGCCUCACUAUGAUGAUUAUUUUACAAUACAUAUGUACAUCAGUUAUGGAACUGUAAACUUUACAUGCAUACAAUAAAAG